AGAAAGGAAAAACUCCAUUAAAAACCUCCAGGCUCUCCUCCAUGUUAGAAAUGAAAUGGAAAAUGGAGUGGAUUUAACAGGAAUCCCUGAUUCCUGCAGCCAAGGUGGAGGAAGGGAAAUGCAAAUCAAAGCUGCGGGCUGCUGAUAUUUUUUAGGUCGCAAUAAAUACUGAGAACUCCCAGGCAGGAUGAAGAUUUCCUGACUCGGACGAACGAGAAGGGACAGAUAGCUUUUUUAUGGCAUUUCUCUCUGUAUAUUUAAUAUAUUCACCUCGAUGAUUCUUUUUACUGAUCUGGAAAUUGUUAGAAGCGGCUGUGGCAGCCUGGAAACAUUAGUAUGAUUUCCUGAGUUUGAGAUUUGCUGCCCCCCCCUCCAAACUCAGGAAAAGUCAAUACAAUCGCACUUCAUUUUUCCUUCAUGUGCACUUGGAAGUCCUGGGAGAAGCAAGAACAGCGGGAGCAGCAGCAACAGCAAGAAUGAACUGCAAGGAAAAUGACAACUGCACUGACGGGAGCAGCAAUAACACGAAGAAGAUGUUAAAAUGUGUGGUGGUUGGGGAUGGUGCAGUUGGGAAAACCUGUUUGCUGAUGAGUUACGCCAAUGAUGCCUUCCCGGAGGAGUAUGUCCCCACUGUGUUUGACCACUAUGCAGUAACUGUGACUGUGGGAGGACAACAACACUUGCUGGGACUUUAUGACACUGCAGGGCAGGAGGACUACAACCAGCUGAGACCCUUGUCCUACCCUAACACAGAUGUCUUCUUGAUCUGCUUCUCGGUGGUGAACCCCGCCUCGUAUCACAACGUCCAGGAGGAGUGGGUGCCUGAGCUGAAAGUCUGCAUGCCCAAUGUGCCUUAUGUCCUCAUAGGAACACAGAUUGACCUCCGGGAUGAUCCCAAAACUUUGGCUCGGCUGCUUUACAUGAAGGAGAAACCACUCACCUACGAGCAUGGAGUGAAGCUAGCAAAGGAGAUCGGAGCACAGUGUUAUCUGGAGUGCUCAGCCCUCACACAGAAAGGCCUUAAGACUGUCUUUGAUGAGGCAAUCCUGACCAUUUUCCACCCCAAGAAGAAGAAGAAGCAUUGUGCAAAGUGCCAUAGCUGCUGCACCCUUGUGUGAAGUCACUUGGAAAUAAAAGCAAGAUGAGUUCAAUGAAACAAAGCAGGUUAGAAAGGCAAUGAAGGUCUCAAGAAAUGGGGAACAUGACCAGAAAGGGGUCCUUCUUACCCAAAUAUAGGAGCCCUCUGUUCUGUGAAACCUCCAAGAUGAAUCAGACUAGGCCAACUCAUGUCUAUGUGCUUUCCUAACCCUCCAGAGCUGUAUGCAGGCUGCUCCCACUACUGCAGACUGCACUGAGCCAACAGAAAACAGGAUGCCUGCUCCUGCUUGACUCUUCACCUUAGGAAUAAGGUGAGGGUGG